AUGGUCGAUUGCAAGCUUAUGUCAACAUCAGUGGAGGUUAAUGCAAUGAUAUGUUCAGUCGAAGGCAAUCUAGAAGAUGUAACCAUGUACAGACAAUUGGUGGGAAGUCUUAUCUAUCUCACGUUAACCAGACCACAUAUUGCAUAUGCAGUGAGUGUGAUUAGUCGAUUCAUGCAAAAACCGAUGAAGCGUCACCUAGAGGUAGUGCAUCGGAUAUUAAGGUACGCGAAAGGAACCAUUGACUAUGGAAUCUUGUACAACAAUGAUAAAGAGUUUGAAGUUGUCGGAUAUUGUGAUGCUGAGUAUGUUGGUGAUCUUGAUACACAUCGGUCAACUACUGGUUAUGUGUUCAAUAUGGGUUCUGGAGCAAUAUCUUGGUGUAGUAAGAGACAACCAACAGUGUCACUAUCAAGUACAGAAGUAGAAGAUCGAGCAGCGGCUAUGACAACACAAGAGUGUGUGUGGUACAAUCCUAUUCCAAUAGGAAGUGUCGGCAAAGCAGUUGAAAAGCACUUUAAUGAAUCCGGGAACUCUUGGAAGUGGAUGGUCAAGCCCCCUGGUAUAUACCACCCUGCUCCAAUACCUAGUAAGGCCAACGGAGAAAGUAGCCACAUGACCGACAAUGUUUGA